AUGACAUUUCUUGUUAUUAAUAUUUUGAUGUGUAUCUUACUGAACCAACCAACCAAAGAAUCCAAAAAUCCCAAACCACAACUCAAUCAGUGCACAGCUUUUGCUCUCCUAUCCUAUUUGCUGGGGGAGAGAGGCAAGGCCUGGAAGCGCAGAAGCAGUCUGCUCCUGUGGGCACCUUCCCACUGCAGUGUUCUGAAUGGGAGGGGAGGUGGAAAGGUCCUGAAUGUGGGGGUGGGGGAGGAGAGGCAUGGGGGCCCACCAGGCACUCCUUCUAUCUCUGGGCAGUUCUACACUAGAAAUAGUGUAGAAAUAGAACAGGCAAAGUUCUUUUACUCCAGCACUCUCUGUCAUGGAGGAGCCCCUCAGAGAGGCACCUGGGUCUCCCUUUGGGCCCUUUCAGAGGCAGGAGCCUGUCCUUCCCUAGCCCUCCCAACCCGCCUGGCUGCCUGA